UUUGGCAAUGUUGGAUCAUACCGUUUCAAUUAUACCGUUGGGCUUAUUUCGAAUUCAAAACCUUGCCGUCGACGCUCAGGGGCUCACGUCAUGUUAUCACAGUGAGGCAAUUUUAGAAUUAAAGUAACCGAUGUCUAGGGUGGAAAAAGCUGAUUAGCGGCUGACACUCUGAGAAAUUUCUUUUUAAAACAAAAGGUAUUGAAUUCCACCCCAAAGAAAAUGGCUGGAAGAUUUCCUGACAGUAUAAGGGGUAAACACAGAGUCACGCCACUGAUGACAAGCAGUUUCUCAAGACUAGGUGAAAGCUCUUUGAAUCGAACAGCAGAUUCUGGUUACCAAUCCAGCAUUGCUUCCUCGAGCAGAUCUUUUACACCCCUAUCAGAUGUCUCGGACUCGUCACGACUCUACUGCAGCACUCCACUGACAGAAGAUUCAAUUUUAUCACAUCAGAUAUCCAAUUCAACAGUGUUGCUGGAGACCCCUGUUCAACCUGUUUUGCCGAACAGGACAUACUUUUCAGAAGAUCGGAUCCCUUCAACUAGAGCAAGUCUCCCGGUUAAUGUAGAUGCAAUAGACUAUCCUAGUGACGUCCUGAGUUGCUUGAUCAGAAGUCAUUCCAUACCCGCUAUCCAAAGGGUCUUUAGAUGCCUUGCAGAUGAAGAUCUGAUGAGGCUCUGCCAAGUGUCAGACGAUUAUUGCCGUGCCGUAUGUGAAUGUCCACCUGCGUUAAAACGGCUAUCAAAGUUUCUUAUCGUUAGCCAUCAGAACGGCGAAAACCGAACAACAUCGAGCCACAACAACAUAGAAAACCGACCGCAUCGAGGAAUUCUUCGGCCUAUUCAAAACGUGAUGGUGGUUGGCUUGCCAAGUGGGACCGUUUGGACGGUGCCUUCUCCAUUGGAGGCUAUCGAUAUGAGCAGAGUUCCUCACCAGUUUCGAACGCUGGUUUGUUUAACCAAGACGUUGUCCGAACAUCACUGCGUCAUCUACUGCCGCGCUUGCCGUUGCCUUGUCGCCGUUCGGUCCAACCAACAGAAAACCGAGGAGUGCACCAACUGUAAUCGUUUCAGACGGACCAAAAACAGCCGGCUGGUCACCAAAACCAAAGCCUCGCUAUUCAGAUGAAUGAAACAUAUUAACUAGCAGUGCUUAAUGUUUUUUAUUUAUUAUUAUUAUUUUAUUUUUAUUUUAUUUUAUUUUUAUUUUUGUCUCAAUUUUUUUUCCUUACCUCUUGCCUGUUCUAUUUUUUCCUUCUUCCGAGCACCCUGUGCUGUUAAUCUGCGCACUGCCCGGUUUUCUUUUAACAAAAUACUCCCGUUGUACAUAUUUCGAAUUCUUUCCUAUUGUCAUCUUGUUUGUAUCAUAUUCUAUUUUCGGUUGAUGCACAACGUCAGAGAACCUUAUUUUUAUCUGUCAUAAAAAAUUCUUCCUUUAAUUAAAAUCAAGCUCAAUUGUCUUGCUCAUUUAUCGUGUAAAAUGAAUGCCUUAAUUCUGGUAUUAGUAAGGGGAGUCCAACGACCCUAUCGUUCCAACACACGGAAAUUGGCAUUCCUCUUUUGUGCCUCGGUGCCCUUGUUUUCAAACAAAUAUAUCGAACAAUCUUUUAUACAAAAUAAAUGCUCUCUUGUCUAUACUCAUGUUGAUGUAAAAUAAUCGCGAACAAAUACAGAAUGCGGCAAACACA